UCCUUGGCAACCCGAGCAGGACCGGACCGGACCGGACCGGACCGGACCGGACCGGACGUCUGUCUGUCCGGAGGAGGAGGAGGAGGAGGACGGUGACCCGCCCCCCGUCAUGGAGUCGGCGCUGAAACGGGCCCGGGCGGAGGAGCCGCGCGACGGGGCCCCAGCCGACCCCGCCCGGCGCGACGUGGACGGGCACCACCGGCCCGGGGACCGCGAGGAGGAGGAGGAGGAGGAGGAGGACGACGACGACGACGGGGAGGAGGAGGAGGAGGAGGCCGACGCCCCCCCCGAGGGGGAGGAGGAGGUGGACCCCCGCAUCCAGGGCGAACUGGAGAAGCUAAACCAGUCCACAGAUGACAUCAACAAAAGGGAAACUGAACUUGAGGAUGCUCGCCAGAAGUUCCGUUCAGUUCUGGUGGAGGCGACAGUGAAACUGGAUGAACUGGUGAAAAAAAUCGGCAAAGCUGUGGAGGAUUCCAAACCGUACUGGGAGGCCCGCCGGAUAGCCCGGCAGGCCCAGCUUGAAGCCCAGAAGGCAACUCAAGAUUUUCAGAGGGCUACCGAGGUGCUCCGGGCGGCCAAAGAGACUAUUUCUCUGGCAGAACAACGGCUGCUAGAAGAUGACAAGCGGCAGUUUGACUCGGCUUGGCAAGAGAUGCUUAAUCAUGCCACUCAGAGGGUUAUGGAGGCAGAACAGACCAAAACCCGGAGUGAACUGGUGCACAAAGAGACUGCCGCCAAGUACAACGCCGCCAUGGGCCGGAUGAGACAGCUGGAGAAGAAACUCAAAAGGGCAAUCAAUAAAUCAAAGCCUUAUUUUGAACUCAAGGCCAAGUACUACGUACAGCUGGAGCAACUGAAGAAGAUCGUGGACGAUCUGCAGGCAAAGCUCUCCCUGGCCAAAGGCGAAUACAAGACAGCCUUGAAGAACCUGGAAAUGAUCUCGGAUGAGAUCCACGAGAGAAGGCGGUCCAGUGCCAUGGGCCCACGGGGCUGCGGGGUCGGGGCUGAAGGCAACAACGGCGACAGCUCUGUGGAGGACCUCUCUGGGUGCAAGCCGGACUCUGAUACGGUUUCUGUGGCUUCGGAAGCGUUCGAAGACGACAACUGCAGCAGCUUCGUGUCCGAAGAUGACUCCGAAACCCAGUCUGUGUCCAGCUUCAGCUCCGGCCACACGAGCCCCUACGAGAUGCCCGGGCAGCACCCGCCGGCUCCACGGCCUGGCAGCCUCGAUCUGCCCAGCCCCGUGUCUUUGUCGGAUUUUGGAAUAACGUUCCCCGUGCUGGGGCCUCGCAGCGAGUGCAGCGGGGCCUCUUCCCCUGAAUGCGAAGUGGAAAGAGGUGAUAGGGCCGAGGGGGCAGAGAAUAAGCCGAGUGAUAAAGCCAACAACAACAGCGGCAGGGGCCGGGGCCGGGGCAGGGGGAGUACCGGCAGCGGUGGCACGGAAGGCCUGACCUUGGAUAACAGGAUGAAGCAGCUCGCGCUCCAGUGCAUGAAGGGGAAAAGUGGGAUCUCCGCAGACAGAAAAACGGUGCAGAUCGGCUGACCCGUCCAGGAGCCCUCCCUUUGGCCGGCGGGGAGCUACGUGUAUUCAUACGGGGAACUCGAACCGAGUGGAGAACGGUGUGCCAAUAAUCAUUUAACAGAUGCCAAAUCUUUAAGCGUUUACUCUAAACUGCACUAAUGAAGUUUCAGUGACCGGGAAGGCUUCAUGAAGACUUUUGUUUUCUUCUCGGUAAAUUCUCUUGGGUUAUUGGGUUUAGAGCAGAAGAGCUGUCAGGUGACAGGCUGUGCUCGAGCUCCACAGUCCGUGUAAAAUAACCACCAUCUGUGAUGGCCUGGCAGAAGCAAUAACUAGUUCCUGGGAAAUAGCCUGAGCCAGCGGUGAUGUAAGGGGUUUGAAUGCCAAGCCAGACUUUUGUAAUGAGCAAUUCACUUUUCCCCGUCCUCUCCCCACCUUCUUUUCACAGUCGGAGCCGUAGUCUCCUUACUCGGUGUGGGUCCGAAUGGAGUGGUCUUUCACAGCAGGAAAAAAUCAUCGAAAGCACUUAAACCGUCCGGUAACUUGUAAAACCACUGGCAUUCGUUCUCGAUCUCUACAAGGAGGCAGGCGUUGCAUGCGUGUGGGUCUAGGAGACGAGGCUUUCGAGUCCUCUCGGGGGAGGGUGAGAGACUGGGGCUCCCCUCCAAGGUGUUGUUGGCACCCGUGGGGGCUACGGGGUAGGAAAGUGCUCAAAAUGAGCCUCCCACCCAGAAGCUUUUUAGAUAUUUUCUAAAGAACUUGUUCAGCACUUUGGGAGGGAAGAGGGGGCAGGUGGGGGCAAAGGGUGGGAGGGAACGAGUUAGCUAACGGGGGACUCCUCAGGGGAGGAUUAAGAAGCUGGGGGGUCGGCGGGGAGGGUGGGCAGGAUUCACGUCAUGCAUGUGCAAGACAAUUUUGCCUUUGUGGUAACUAGACUGACCGGUGUUCGUUUUCUCCAUAGGUUCGUAUCUUAUUUUUACAAAACUAUUUAAGGGUUAGGCUGCCCUAGCCAAGCCUUAGAGAAACCGUCCCAUUGCAAGUAGAAGAAAGUAGGCGUGUGUUGGCAAAGGCUAUUAGAUAGAAGCAGUGGCGUCUGUCUGUUAGUGCUGCUAAUAGUUGUGAUUGUAGGGCUGCUUUUAAAAGUUCUGGUGGUUACUGAUUCUUAAGGCACUGUACUGCUGCAUUUCUGUUAGUUUGGGAAUUUAGCAUUUUACACCGUCCCCCCCCUCCGCCCCCAACGGAUUUCACGUUUUGCAGUCUUGUGUUUUCGUCCUUGCCACAGCUUCUGUAAUCUAAUAGCUAGGUGUAAUGGUGAAACUCUUCAUGCUUAGUAAAACUUGGUUUUUCCUUAUUUUUAUUCUGACUGAUGCAGAAUCCUCAUUUCAAAGUUAUUUUGUGCUUGUCUUAAAACCUUGAGUGUAAUAAAGAGAAAUCUGAAGACA